AUGGCGCUCGACUCGUUUCCCCCGCACGGGAACGAGCCCACCCGGGCGGCAAGGAAGAUCCGGGAGGAUGUCGCCGUUCUCACGGCGAGGCGACCGGAUUUAAAACCCCCUCCCGCGCCACCGUGGCGACUCCAGUCGUUCUCGCGGCGUCGGUGGCUCGAGGUCUCCGUUCCGAAGUCCGGCAUGAAUCGCGUUUCCCUCUCCGUCGUCUUCGCUCUCGCCUUUCUCGGGCAGGGCCGAGCCGAGCCGUUCCGCUUCUCUCCCCGAACGGAGCGAGAUCGGCCGACGGACCUCCGGACGCUCACCGGAAUCGUCCGGAACGUGGAACGCGACCUGAGCCAGGAUCUCCUGGAUCUGCUGAUGCAAUUGCAGGAGUUGAUGCUGAACGGGGACCCCGAGAACGGGAUCCCCGUACUCGACCCCUUCCUCUGGGAGCAUUUCGAGAUCGCUUACGCCACGGAAGAGAUCGAGCUCGCCUUCUCCAUCGACGGGCUGGACCUGCGAGGCCUGUCGAACUUCGAGGUGACGAACGUGGAAUUCGACAUCCUGUCCCUUCGAGUGGACGUCGCCGCCGAUUGGCCGAAACUGGACGUCAAGGCCGACCGUUACUUCCUGGACGGGACCGUGUUCGGUCUCUUGCCUCUCUUCGGCGAGGGUUACAUCGACAUGUCGAUUCUCGAGUUCGCCGUCGUGGGCGGUGCAUCUCUGGUCGCUCUCCCAGACUCGGUAUCGGUCGGGGAACUGUCCUUCGCGAUGACGUUCGGCGAGCUGGAGGGCGUGAUCGACGGCCUCUUGGGCGGGGGUGACCUCGGGGACGUCCUCAACGAGAUCCUCAACCUGCUCGGUGCGGAUCUCUUCGACGCCGUCCUACAGAUGGUAGCAGACGACAUCGCCGUUCUCGUCCAGGGUUUUCUCAAUCAGAUGCUGGAGGGGAUGACCCUGCAAGAUAUCAUAAACAUGCUCACCGGAGGAGAGCGCAUGGGACAGGGACGCGAAGGUGUCGUUCGACGUCGUCUGGCAACUGCGGCCGUAAAGGAUCGACACCGAUGAUCGAGAAGUUCGCUUGGAAAAGGGCUCGUGUGCAAAAGUUACAAUUCGAGAGGAACCGCAGAAGCGUCUCGGCGCCGAUGUGCAGCUGGUGAAAACUCAGUUUUCGGUGGAAUGGUCACUUUAAACCUAUUUUUUUCCCUUUUUGGAGUUUAAUCGAAUUUGUUCAUCUCGCAUCGCUGGGAUGCAGGCAGAAAGUGUUUAUGCACGUGAGCCCUUUUCCUAUAUUCGCACUGCUGCAACUAUUUUCCAACCCGUCUCGCACCGCUUCUUUCCUGUUAAAGAUAAAAGUUUUUUUUUUUUGCCGUCGAUGAAUGCAUCCGUGGAU